CGACCAAUCAGCGUGGGCCACGGUAAGAUUUUCGAUCUACUUUUGUGGGAGCCGCAGCGGCAGCAGGCUGGUUGUGUGGUCGAUUUAACGGGGAGAGGAGACGAGAAGAGAGCAGCUACAACCAUGAGACCGCUUUUACUCGGAGUGCUGGGCUGCUCACUGGUCCUGUCUGUCCAAGCUUUGUACUCAUCCAGUGAUGAUGUUGUUGAACUCACCCCCUCCAACUUCAACAGGGAGGUGAUCCAGAGUGACAGUCUGUGGCUGGUGGAGUUUUAUGCUCCCUGGUGUGGACACUGUCAGAGUCUCGCUCCAGAGUGGAAGAAGGCAGCCACUGCCCUCAAGGGUAUCGUCAAGAUUGGUGCCGUAGAUGCUGACCAGCACAAGUCACUGGGUGGCCAGUAUGGAGUGAGAGGGUUCCCCACCAUCAAGAUCUUUGGAGGCAAUAAGAACAAACCAGACGAGUACCAAGGAGGACGCAGCAGCCAGGCCAUCGUGGACGGCGCAAUGAAUGCUUUGCGCACUCUGGUGAAAGACAGGCUGAACGGCAAGUCUGGCGGCUCUGGCUCCAACAAACAGAGCGGCGGUGGCAGCAAGAAGGAUGUGGUUGAACUCACCGAUGACAACUUUGACAAGCUGGUGCUGGAGAGUGAUGACGUGUGGCUGGUGGAGUUCUUCGCCCCCUGGUGUGGACACUGCAAGAACCUGGAGCCUGAGUGGGCAGCUGCAGCCACAGAUGUCAAGGAGCAGACCAAGGGCAAAGUGCGCCUGGGAGCUGUGGAUGCUACUGUACACCAGGUUGUGUCCAGCCGCUACGGGAUCCGUGGAUUUCCCACCAUCAAGAUUUUCAAGAAAGGAGAGGAGCCAGAGGACUACCAAGGAGGUCGCUCCCGCAAAGAUAUUGUUGAGAGGGCUUUGGAUCUGUUCUCUGACAACGCUCCUCCUCCUGAGCUGCUGGAGAUCCUCAGUGAAGACGUGUUGAAGAAGACCUGCGAGGACAGUCAGCUGUGUAUAAUCGCUGUCCUGCCACACAUCCUGGAUACAGGCGCAGAUGGUAGAAAUGGCUACCUGGAGGUGAUGAUGAAGAUGGCUGAGAAGUACAAGAAGAAGAUGUGGGGCUGGCUGUGGACUGAGGCAGGAGCUCAGAUGGACCUGGAGGCCUCUCUGGGUAUCGGUGGGUUUGGUUACCCCGCCAUGGCCGCCAUCAACGCACGCAAGAUGAAGUUUGCUCUGCUCAGGGGCUCCUUCAGUGACACUGGCAUUCAUGAGUUCCUCAGGGAGCUUUCUGUGGGCCGCGGCUCCACUGCCACACUGGGAGGAGGUACAAUGCCCAAGAUUCAUGCUGUUGAACCAUGGGACGGCAAAGAUGGACAGCUUCCAGAGGAGGAGGACUACGACCUCAGCGACGUGGACCUGGAUGACGAUUUUCAGAAGACUGAGUUAUGAGUCCAGACGGGCCGGGAUCUGAUCCAGACUGGCUCGGUCGGAUCUGGUCUGGUCUGGUCUGGUCUGGUUCUGUGUGAUCCACCCUCCCCUCUCCUGUGGACGAAUGGGAGGCCCGGUCACCCAGUUACUGAAAUACUCCAGAAAAGACACAUGGGAGACACCUGCAGUUUCUCACAUCAUCUUUCAGUCAUGCGGGGACAGGAGGGAGGGGAGUCUUCAUCGUGUCCCUGGAGUGAACUCUUUCUCACGUACCUGCUGAACGUAUGAAGCUGCAUAUUUAUACAGCCGCCGCCUGCUGAGGAGAGGAGGGAGGAGGUUCUGAAUGUCACACUUCAGCUGUUCAUUCAAGUCUUUUUCAAACAUUGUUCCCUCUCCCCUCUUCAGCCGCCCUCGAGCACGUAUUUUAACAUGUGGACUUGUCAGAGUAACACUUCAAUGUCCAACCUGAUGUGACUUUAACGUGUUUUUUUCUCUUUUUAAACCAGUGAAUGACAAUUGUGGUGGGUCCAGGACAGGGGGAUACUGUGGGACUUCUUGUGUAGAUUUUUCUUACACGACUUUAUUUCAAUUGUGUGAAAACAAAAUGACAUUUUUGUUACAAAAAUAAAAAGGAAUAAAAACAA